CUCUCUCUCUCUCUCUCUCUCUCUCUCUCUCUGUGUCAUCGUCAGUUAAUUACGUUAAACUAGAAAUGGAGCAGCUCAAACCAAGUCCUGCAAAUCUCUGCCCUCUCACUCCCCUCACCCUGCUAGAAAGGGCAGCUGUCGUCUAUGGCGACUGCCCCUCCGUCGUCUAUACCACCACCACCUACACGUGGUCCCAAACCCACCGCCGAUGUCUCCAGCUGGCCUCCUCCCUCUCAUCCCACCUAGGCAUCAAACGCUCUCAAGUCGUCUCUAUAAUCUGCCCCAACACCCCCGCCUUGUACGAGGUCCACUUUGCUGUCCCCAUGGCGGGAGCCAUCCUCAACAACAUCAACACCCGUCUCGAUGCCCGCACCGUCUCCGUCAUCCUCCGCCACAGUGAAUCAAAACUCGUCUUUGUCGACCACCUCCUUGCCUCUCUGGUCCUGGAAGCCCUCUCCCUCUUCCCACCACAGCUCCCUCGUCCACAACUCGUCCUCAUCACCGAUCAUCCGGACGACGAGUCAAUCCCAGGCAUCGAUCAUUUCAUAGACACGUACGAGAAUCUAGUGGGAAGGGGAGAUCCGCUGUUUAAGUGGGUCCGGCCCGUUUCCGAAUGGGACCCUAUCGUCUUAAACUACACGUCCGGAACGACGUCCUCUCCGAAGGGGGUCGUGCAUUGCCACAGGGCAAUUUACAUCGUGGCCUUGAGUUCCCUGGUGGACUGGUCCGUGCCUAAAAACUGCGUCUAUCUGUGGACCCUACCGAUGUUCCACGCAAACGGGUGGUGCUUCCCUUGGGCCAUGGCCGCCGUCGGCGGCACCAACAUUUGCGUCCGCAAAUUCGACGGCCCAAAAAUCUACGACUUAAUCGAAGCCCACGGCGUCACCCACAUGUGCGCCGCCCCCGUCGUCCUCAACAUGCUCGUCAACACCCGGAGAUCCGACCCACUCCGAAAUCCAGUUAACAUUCUCACCGGUGGGGCUCCGCCUCCUUCGAGCGUUUUGCUCCGGGCCGAGUCGAUCGGGUUCGUGGUGGGUCACGGCUUCGGGAUGACGGAGACUGCGGGGGUCGUGCUGUCGUGUGCAUGGAAGCCGGAGUGGAACAAACUCCCGGCGAUGGAGCAGGCGAGGCUGAAAGCGAGGCAGGGAGUGAUGACGAUCGGGAUGACGGAGGCGGACGCCGUGAAUCCGGAUUCGGGUUUGGGAGUGAAGCGAGACGGGUCUGAAGUCGGGGAGAUAGUUCUGAGAGGCGGGUGCGUGAUGCUCGGGUAUUUGAAGGACCCAUCGGGAACUGCCAAUUGUAUGAAAGACGGCUGGUUUUAUACCGGUGACGUGGGUGUAAUGCAUCCCGAUGGCUAUUUGGAAAUCAAGGACAGAUCCAAGGACAUUAUCAUAAGCGGAGGUGAGAACAUGAGCAGCGUGGAGGUCGAGUCAGUGCUGUAUGCGAACCCAGCUGUCAACGAGGCGGCGGUCGUGGCGAGGCCCGACGAGUUUUGGGGGGAGACGCCGUGCGCGUUCGUGAGCUUGAAGAGUGACGUCACUCCAAAGCCGACGGAGAAGGAGAUCAUGGAGUUUUGCCGGAAGAAGCUGCCGCACUUCAUGGUGCCCAAAACGGUGGUGUUUAAGGACGAGCUUCCCAAGACUUCCACCGGAAAGAUUCAGAAGUUUUUGCUGAGGGAGAUUGCCAGAGGGAUUGCGCUGUCUUCCUUAUCUUCUCCUCCGCCGCCGCCGGCGUCGCUGACGACGAAUAGGAUGUGCGUGGCUUGAUGAACAACGUGACGUUGGAAGCUUGGGCUUUGCCGGACAACGUUGGACUAUAUGCUUAUGAUAUUAGCAAAAUUACAUGCAAGUGUUGGUGACAGAAAUUGUCGUAUAACUUGUGGUUUGUCAUAUGUGACUGGAAUCUUAUAAUUUUAUACGUUUUAAAGUUGAAUCUUAUUCUCAAAUAAAUUUUUAUAUAAUUCAAGUUUGAUA